AUGGACGAUUUCGUGAGCGAAUCCGACAGUGACUAUACCAGCUACUGGCGAGACUGGUUCAUCUCGUCACGAGGCAACGAAUAUUUCUGCGAAAUAGAUGAGGACUAUUUAACGGAUCGGUUCAACCUGACGGGCCUGAACACUGAGGUUCAGUACUACCAAUAUGCCCUCGACCUCGUUACUGAUGUCUUCGACCUCGACUGUGACGAUGAGAUGCGGGAGACGAUAGAGAAGUCAGCCAGGCAUCUCUACGGCCUUGUGCACGCUCGCUACAUUGUCACCACUAGAGGUCUGGCGAAAAUGCUUGAGAAGUACAAAAAGGGCGACUUUGGCAAAUGCCCGCGCGUCAUGUGCCACUCACACCCUCUGCUCCCCAUGGGCCUCUCCGAUGUCCCCCAUCUGAAGCCUGUCAAGCUGUACUGCGGGCGGUGCGAGGAUAUCUAUAAUCCCAAGUCGUCCCGCCACGCCGCUAUCGACGGCGCCUACUUUGGCACCUCGUUCCACAACAUCCUCUUCCAGGUCUACCCGGCCCUCAUUCCCGCCAAGAGCGCCGAGCGCUACAUCCCUCGCGUCUACGGGUUCAAGGUGCAUUCGGCUGCCGCGCUGAUCCGGUGGCAAAACAACCAGCGCGACGACAUGCGCCGUCGCCUGCGCAAGAUGGAGGUGGAGAGCGGCUUUAAGGACGCUGAUGACGAAAUUGAGGCCGACGAGGACGAGGACGAGGACGAGGACGAAGAGCUAGGUGCAGAGCAGUUUCAGGCAGCCGAGGCCGGUGGCUUGGUCGAGGGGGAAAUACGCACUGUCGCGUAG